AAGGCGUAAUUCGAGCGAACCACACACACACACACACAUAUAUAUAUAUGCAUAUAUAAUGUGUGUAGAAUUCUCCAAUUUUAAACACUUGAAAUAUUCUUAUCGAAAGAACUUCAGAGAACACUCAAUUGAGAGUUACAACAGAGGCUUAUAUAACAUGUCUAUAUAUCCUUCAAUUCACUGUGUCAAUCAUUAUCCCCUCUUAUGCUUUGUCGAAUUGCUUUAAUUUGUCGAAUGAAUUGCUAUGUCAAAUCAUUCCGGUAGGUGGAAAGAAUAACGUCAGAUUAUUCGUUUCCCCGUUUUUUAAAGUGAGCAGUGCGUGCGCAACCACACACACAAGUUUGACGCAGAAUCACAAGUGUGGCUUUCGUGAAGUAGUGCCAUUCAGUUUGACGUUGGGUACAUCGUUGGGUAACUCGCUGACGCCGGAAACGAGAGGAGAGAUGGACUCCACGAAAAAAUUCGACAAUCCAAAUCCUCGGGCAUCUGCAAAUCCAUUGAGCAAGUUGGUUUUCGGCUGGUUGGCCAGUUUAUUCUGGUAUGGGAAAAAUCAUGAUUUGGAAAUGAAAAACAUGUAUAAUGCCUUGCUGGAUGAUAAAUUGGAAAAAUGAAAUACACGCGGCCGAGAAGAGCGGCAGAAAACCCAAAUUCUUCACGGCUCUGAGAAAAACGUUCAUUUGGUCGUUUUUGUAUUAUGGAGGAUGGACUUUAUUUUUGCUUACUGUUUUGAGAAUCGUGCAGCCAUAUAUAUUAGGUCUGCUAAUUUGGCAUUUCGAUCCGAGAGCGACGUCCACCAAAACUGAAGCAUAUUUGUACGCUUCCGGCGUGAUAAUUGCAGCAAUAUUAAUAACAUUUAUCACACAUCACUCUCAUUUAGGUUUAAUGGAAAUAGGAAUGCGAAUGAGAAUAGCGAGUUCCUCGUUAAUGUACAGAAAGAUGUUACGGCUAUCAAAAUCUUCUACUACCACCACUCCGGGUCAAGUAGUUAAUCUGUUAUCGAAUGACAUGUCGAGAUUUGAUCAAAUGUUCAUAAUGCUCCACUAUAUUUGGAUAAUGCCCAUACAAGGAGCUAUAAUCGCAUUUCUCAUUUGGCAAAACGUCGGCGUAGCUUCGUUAGCAGGCGUUUUUCUUAUAACUAUCCAAACUAUUCCCAUUCAAGGAUACAUCACAAAGUGGACGUCAAAGUUGCGUUUAAAAGUUGCAAUGAGAACCGACGAGAGAGUUCGUUUAAUGUCUGAGAUAAUCAGUGGCAUAGAAGUUAUCAAAAUGUAUACUUGGGAGAAACCGUUCCAGGAAUUAGUCAGCCGCGCCCGAAAAUACGAAAUCGAUGUCCUCACAUUAACGUCGUAUCUGAGAGGCUUUACGCUAGCCACGUUUGUGUUCACAGAAAGAACAACAUUGUACUUCACGAUUAUGACAUACGUACUUCUUGGACACUCUAUAUCCGCCGACAAAGUAUUUUCAAUGGCGCAAUAUUAUAAUAUUCUCCAAAUUACGAUGGCGAUAAUGUAUCCGCUAGCUCUUGCAUCUGCUGCCGAAGCGGCAGUGUCCAUGAAACGAAUCGAGAAUUUCCUGUUGCUGGACGAAAACGUGCCAUUAGCGCAUUCUCUAUUAAGCAACAAAGAAACCAGCGUGACGAUGAAGAAUGUUAGCGCUUCGUGGACGAACACCGCGAUUGUGAACACAUUACAUAACAUAAAUAUUCAAAUUGGAGCCGGCAAACUUUUCGCCGUGGUCGGUGCCGUUGGCGCUGGGAAGAGUUCUUUCCUACAAGCGAUUCUGGGCGAACUGAGCUCGUCGUACGGCCAGAUACACGUCAAUGGCAAGAUAUCGUAUGCGAGCCAAGAAGCAUGGCUGUUUGCGGGCUCGGUGCGAAAUAACAUUUUAUUUGGGCAAGCUUAUGAUAAAAGUAGAUAUCAGACAGUCGCUAAUGUGUGUGCUUUAACGAAGGAUUUCGAACAACUUCCAUAUAGGGAUAAGACCCUGGUUGGUGACAGAGGCACAGCUCUUAGCGGUGGACAACGCGCGCGUAUUAAUUUGGCAAGAGCUGUCUACAGAAACGCUGACAUCUAUCUGUUCGAUGAUCCUUUAUCGGCUGUUGACACACACGUUGGUAGACAUCUGUUUGACGAAUGUAUAAAGGACUAUUUACGAGAUAAGACGAGAAUUCUGGUUACUCAUCAAUUACAAUAUCUAAAACAAUGCGAUUACAUCAUCUUUCUGAAUAAUGGUCAAAUCGAGAAUGAAGGUACGUUUAUAAGUCUUCAAGCCAAACGCGUGAAUUUCCUCGAGAUAUUAGCGCAAGAAACUAGCGAGGACAAAGAAACGACGAAAAUUGCUUUGGACUCUGUAUCCGACGUGAAUAGCAAUGUUGACGAAGAUGCAGAGGAAGAAGAGCCUCAAGAAACUGAGGAGCUCUUGGCCAAAGGAAGCAUGUCGAAGUCAGUGUACUGGAAAUAUUUACGUAGUGGUAGCUCGAUAAUCAUGAUCAUUGUUUUCCUUGUCUUCGCGAUUGUGGGGCAAAUCGGCAGCAGCGGUUGCGACUAUUGGGUCGGUUAUUGGACCAGACAAGAGGAGCUACAUAUCAAGGCGAUGCGCGAACGACAUGGAAAUCAAAAUGAUAGCUUUGCGAUUUCGUCGGCGUUGAGGUCAAGAAGACAAAUAGACAACACAUCAUAUGACGAACUCAGCGAUAUUUCGACAAUCAUUGCGACAACGAAUUAUUCAACAGCUGAGAUCAAUGAUACCAGUGAUAUGUUAUUGCAAAAUUUCUCUUCCGCUAAUAUCACCAAAAUUAUAGAUACGGAUACAUAUCUGGACACGUACACAGCGUUGUGGAUUUACGGGAUAUUUAUCAUCGCGAGCAUCGUCUUCACAUCGUGCCGCAAUUUGAUUUUUUAUCAGAUAUGCAUGAAUGCCAGCAAGAAUCUGCACAACUUCAUGUUCUCGUGUCUGCUCAAGGCGCCGAUGUCGUUCUUCAAUAAUAACCCAUCCGGUCGAAUUCUGAAUCGUUUCUCGAAGGACAUCGGUGCCGUGGACGAAUCUAUGCCCAGGGCUAUGAUAGAAGCUAUUCAAAUAUUCAUGGUUAUGAUAGGAAUUCUGUUGCAAGUACUGAUUAUCAACUGGUGGAUUAUAUUCGCCGUAAUCGUCAUGGCUGUUUUAUUCAGCAUAAUAAGAAAUAUCUACGUGCCAACGGCGCAGAAGCUAAAACGGUUGGAAGGGAAUGCCAAAAGUCCCGUCUUCUCGCAUGUCAACUCCACGUUGUUAGGACUGACGACGAUACGCUCCGCUGGCGCUCAGGAGAUGGUUCGCAAACAGUUCGAUGAACACCAAGAUCUCCACACCAGUAUUUACUCGCUGACCGUCGCUACUGGCGUAGCGUUCGGUUUCGCGCUGGACAUAGUCUCAGUUUGCUUUGUCGCCGUCGUCACGUACAGUUUUGUCGUGCUCGAUAAUGGUGACAUUUUCGCCGGGAAUGUCGGUUUAGCUAUUUCGCAAGUGCUCAUUUUAUGCGGUAUGGUACAAUACGGAAUGCGUCAAACGGCCGAGACAGUUACUCAGAUGACAAGCGUAGAAAGAAUACUACAGUUUACUGAACUCGAGAAGGAGGGACCGUUCGAGAGUAAUCCUACAGACAAACCGUCCAGUAAUUGGCCGUCCAAAGGAGAAAUUAAAUUCGAUCGCGUUGUUCUUCGAUAUUCCGAGUCGGAACCGCCCAUCCUCAAGUCCCUUAGUUUUAUCAUUGAACCCGGCAUGAAGAUUGGAAUAGUGGGACGAACCGGUGCCGGAAAAUCGUCUCUCAUCUCUGCUCUGUUCCACAUGGCAAAACUCGAUGGUGCUAUUUAUAUUGACAACGUCAGUACGAAGAAAAUCGGCCUACACGAUUUGAGGAAUAAAAUCUCCAUAAUACCGCAGGAACCGGUGUUAUUCUCCGCCACGUUACGCGAGAAUCUCGAUCCUUUUAACAAGUUCAAUGACGCCGAUCUGUGGGCCGUUCUUGAGGAGGUGGAAUUGAAAGAAUCUAUGAAUUCGUUGGAUUAUUGCGUCCAACAAGGUGGCAGCAAUUUUAGCGCCGGGCAACGGCAACUAGUUUGCUUGGCUCGCGCAAUUUUACAGAACAACAAGAUACUCGUACUCGACGAGGCUACCGCAAACGUGGACCCUAAGACGGACACUUUGAUACAAAAUACGAUCAGAAAGAAAUUCAAGGCUUGUACGGUAUUAACGAUAGCACAUAGAUUGAACACUAUAAUGGAUAGCGAUAAAGUGCUGGUAAUGGAUCACGGUCGAGCGAUUGAAUUCGAUCAUCCGUACAUUUUGCUGCAGAAUAAUCAGGGUCACUUUACCAGUUUGGUUCAGGAAACUGGAAAAUCCAUGGCUGAGCAACUCAGACAACAUGCCCAAGAGGCUUAUGAACAACAGCAUGGCUUCACAUGACUUCCAGUGAACAUUAGAACAGCAUUGAGUUUUAAGAAUCAAAUCUAUACCUUGAAUUUAUACUAUUUAGUUUGAUUUAUCUAAAUUAAGCAAUUUAGAAAGUUUUUAUACUUAUUACUAUUUUACACCUUUUAUGUCAAAGUGAUAUAACAAUCUUAAAUCUUUAGUACUUACUUGGAAACAUGCUACUUAAACUUAUACCUCUCUUGUACACUUGUAUAGUUAGCGAAUGUUUCUACCAAGAAUAAAAAGUGCACUUGUUACUUUAGUUUACUGUUUAUAAUGGAGCUGUCUUUAUUACAAUGUUAUGAGUAAUAUUUUAUACAGUAAACAUCCAGCCAAAGUUGAUGACGUGGAAAGCUUCAGAACAAAAAGCUCUCAAUAGAGUUAACAAUUACUAUUUUGUAUUGGUUUUUAUAGAAAUAUUGCAUGACAA